GCAAUGUAAACUUAGCCUUAUAUUGCAGCAUCUGAAUGGAACGAAAAAAUUGUACAAAAAGUUAUUUUUUAUCCGGUCAAAUCUAGCUACAGCCGGAAAUCCUACGGUCACCACUGAAAUGAAUGGGAUCUUUCGGGACCCAUUGAUGUCCAUUGUUCAACAGACUGCCCAGCUCCAUUUUCUGGACCCAACUGGUAGCCAUGACACAAGUGUAUCUGGUUCAGCAAUAUGUACUGUAGUAGUUUUUCUAUGGGACCAGAUGCACUAGCCUUUGUGUCCACACACAUGACGUCCAUGAUCUUGAUGCCCGCUCACCGGUGGGCCAUACUUUUGGUAGCUACUCUCCAUAUACCAGGAACACCCAGAAGACCUGCUCUGUCGGAAAUGCUUUCAUCACCAUUUGGCCCUUGUCCUAGUGUGUAUGACUGUGAAUAUACACACAUACAAUAGGAGUGUGUUGGCAUUGUGGAGGCAUGUGGGCAGCACACGACUGCCGGUAAUGAUGGAGGAGCGGGACUUCUUGUCAGUGUGGUAUGAUGUGUGUAGUAGUUGUUGUCAGGAGCACUGCGCCUGCGCAGUCCGGCGCAGCCUCCGCUCCUUUCCAGUGAGCGCCGUGCGGGCUGCUGGCGGCUGCAGUGGGACCAGGUGUUGGAUUUCGCCGGAGCGCAGCUGUGAGGGGGCAGCUUUGCCCUCUUUACCUUAAUGCCCCCAUCCCCAGCUGCCCUCCUCGCCAGCUUCGAUUUUGCCACUCGCACCUAGCACUGUCCCCUCCCAGUCCUCCAGGCGUACCAUGCCCCUCACCCCGCUGCACGCCGCUCUACGGCACUAGCUGCCCUCUCUCACCCCUCCCCCGGCCGUGCUGGCCCCGUCAUGUCCCUCCAGCCAAGGGAGGCGAUAAACUCGAGGUCGGGGUAAAGGCCUAGUCUGCAGCGCUCCUUCCGUCCUCCUGCUUCCACCCCUCCCCACUCCCUCACACACAUACACACACCGAGCCCAGCAUCAGCAAUCACCAUGGCAGAGGAGCAGCAACAACAACAACAGGCGGCCAAGAAGCGGCCCGAGCAGCCUCAGCUGCCCUCGUCCUCUUCACCAGGGGCACUGCCAGCGCUGGUGACAGGACUUCAAGGGACAGAGGCCAAUGCAUUGCAGCAGAAGAUCAAGAACUCCAUCUGUAAAUCCAUACAGUCAAAAGUGGAGUGCAUUUUGCAAGAAGUUGAGAAGUUUACAGAUCUUGAGAAACUCUACCUCUACCUCCAACUGCCUUCUGGUCCUAGCAAUGUGGAGAAAAGUGAUCAGAGCUCAUUGUCAUCUAGUCGAGCUCAGCAAACGCAUGCAUUCUCCUGGAUUCGGAAUACCUUAGAGGAGCACCCAGAGACUUCUCUGCCAAAGCAGGAGGUUUAUGAUGAGUAUAAGAGCUAUUGUGACAAUCUUGGCUAUCACCCCCUAAGUGCUGCUGACUUUGGAAAGAUUAUGAAAAAUGUAUUUCCAAACAUGAAGGCACGUCGCCUGGGCACAAGAGGAAAAUCAAAGUAUUGCUACAGUGGAUUGAGAAAGAAAGCUUUUGUGCACAUGCCAUCACUGCCUAAUUUGGAUUUCAAUAAAACAGGAGAUGGGCUGGAUGGAGUGGAAGUAUCGGCCCACCUGCAGAAUGCUGAUGAAGAGGUUGUGUCUGCCUCCUGCCGCCUUGUUUGUGAGUGGGCUCAGAAGGUCCUAAGUCAGCCAUUUGAUUCAGUUCUGGAUUUGGCUCGUUUUCUGGUCAAAAGCCACUACAUUGGUACUAAAUCAAUGGCAGCAUUAACUGUAAUGGCAGGUGAUUCUGCAGGAUUAAAAGGAAUAACACAGACAUCUGCAUUUGUGCCUAUGUCUGAAAGCAAUGUUUUUCACCCUCAAGUGAAGACCCUUGCUUCCCCUGUAGAUGCCAAACAACAGCUGCAGAGGAAAAUCCAGAAAAAGCAGCAAGAACAAAAGCUACAGUCACCUUUACCUGGAGAACUGCAAAUUAAAAAACAAGAUGCACCCAAUGGAAUAACUAGUAUUUGUAAUGGAAGCCCUGCAAUCCUUUCUCCUCAGCCUAUUGGAAUUGUUGUGGCUGCUGUUCCUAGCCCUAUUCCGGUACAAAGAACUCGGCCACUUGUGACCUCGCCUAGUCCCAUCGGUUCCUCUGAGGGGAAGGUCCUACCGCUAAAUGUUCAAGUAGUCACCCAGCACAUGCAGUCUGUAAAGCAGUCACCAAAGACUCCCCAAAAUGUUCCAGCAAGUCCUGUUGGUGAUCGAUCUGCUAGACAUCGCUACGCUCAGAUUUUGCCUAAGCCAGCCAGUUCUAAUCCUUUGACGAUCCGUUCACCCACCACUGUGGUUAUCACCAGUAGCCCGAUUAAAAAUGUGGUCCCAGCAUCACAUGUCAGUGCACUGAAUGUUGUGAAAAUGACCACAAUAUCUCUUGCUCCCAGUAAUGCUAGUACUUCUGUGAAACAAACAACAUCUGUAAACAGCAGUGGAAGCUCAUUAGAUGACAGUAGGACUGUGCCACAAAUCAAAAAUGGCUCUGUAGUUUCUUUGCAAUCUCCUGUACCUCGGAUGGGUACACCUGUGGCAUCUUCAGUGGAAGUAAAAACUGAGCCUGAAAUACUGACAGAAGAGAAUCAAUUACAGUGCCAAGAGAACACAGAAGGUUCUAAAUCUAGAAAAGCUACACCUGUUAUGUUAUUUACACCCAGAGUCAUUCAGGAUAAACAACUUUCAGAUGUUGCGCGAGACAUGCAAACAGUUAAGGCCCUUGAUCAAAGGGCAGAGGGAACAAGGACCAAAUGUAAAAUUCGCACAGUCGAGUGCACUUCUGUUUCCCCAGCCAGCAGCAGUCAUGGUACUGUGACGCUAUGUGUUGCAUCCCCAAGUUUAUUUAACAGUGGUCCCAAUCCAAACACUAAUAAUGAUCCAGUUGGAAAAGACAUCAGAUUGUCUAAUAAGAGUCCCAGAAAACGCUUGACUGCUGCAGUGCACGAUUCGCAGAUACCACCAGCGAAAAAAUCACUUAUUGGUCAACUUUCUUCAGAAAGUCAGAGGCCAGGAGCAGCUAGUGGUGUUAAGAAAGUUCAAAAAGCACUGACACUGAAAAAUGAUAAUGCAGUAACUGUUGCUUUAGUAGCUAGUGAUGGCACACAAGGAACAAGUACAGACAUGGUAACAAGUUAUUCCUUGAGCUGUGUUGAAAAGACCACUGAUCCUCCCCAAGAACUUGUAUCCACAUCCCAGGAUGUUAAAGUGAAAUUAGAAGGUAGUGUGUUUAAAUUUGUGAGUGACUCAAAGUCUGAGAUCCCUUUUGAUCAAAACACUUGGCAGGAGAUUGCUGAAAGUUCAAAUUUCACAUCUGGUAAUUGUGAGCAGGCUCAAACUAUUGGUGUCCUGGAUAUGCCAGGAACUUCUGGUGCUGAUAACCUGCAAAAAACUGUGUGGGAACCUGUAGACUUUGAAGGACUACCACAAGACGCUUACAGCCAGCAACUUGAGGAUUCAUCUUUGAAUCAGCUUCAAGCACAUUCUUCUAACCAGUUACCUCAGCGCUCUGAUCUCACAGACCCUCCUACCACUGACAGCUUCUUUUCAUUUGAUGACGAUCUCACGCAAGACAGCAUUGUUGAGGAGUUAGUCCUUAUGGAGCAGCAAAUGUCGAUGAACAAUAACUCUCAAAACUAUGGAAGUUUGGGAAUGGUGCUCCAAAAUCAAGCAUCAGCUGCCCAUGGUACACCAGUACCCACACAUUCAAAUAGUGCCCACUUCUUUAAUUCAGUACAUAGCAGUGUAACUCCAGUUCACACACCCACUCCAACACCAACUCCAACUUUGACUCCAACACCUACUUCAGAGAUGAUUUCCAGCACUCAGAGUUUGUCAAGAGAGAGCCCAUGCUCUCGACUGGCUCAGACAACACCUGUAGAUAGUGCAUUGGGAAGUAGCCGGCAUACUCCAGUUGGGACACCACAUUCAAACUGCAGCAGUAGUGUUCCUCCGAGUCCAGUUGAAUGCAGAAAUCCUUUUGCUUUUACCCCUAUAAACUCCAGCAUAUCUUACCAUGAUGCUAGCAUUGUUUCGAGUAGCCCUGUUAAACCAAUGCAGAGGCCCAUGGCUACUCAUCCAGACAAGACAAAGCUAGAAUGGAUGAAUAAUGGAUAUAGUUCUGUUGGUAAUUCUUCCGUUUCUUCUCAUGGUAUACUUCCAAGUUACAAGGAGCUAGUAGAAGACAGUUUCCGAAAGCCACAUGCUUUUGCAGUGCCUGGUCAGUCAUAUCAGUCUCAGUCGAGACAUCAUGACAAUCACUUUGGACGUUUGACUCCUGUAUCUCCAGUUCAACAUCAACUGCCUUCAAUAAGCAGUACCAGCAAACAGGAGGGCUUUGCAGUUCCUGCUCCUCUAGACAACAAAGGAACAAGUACAACUGGAAAUAACAAUUUCAGGUGUCGUAGUGUUAGCCCAGCUGUUCACCGCCAACGUAAUUUAAGUGGGAAUACAAAUUGCCCUAUUUCAAAUUCUUCACGAUCUAAUUCAACUGCUUUUGGAUCCAUAGUCACUCCAGAGGUUCAAAAUAUACUUGCAAAUGUCCAAACAGACACCAGUGCCAAUAGCAUAGCGCAAAGAAGUCAGUCAGUCCCUUUAACUGUAAUGAUGCAGACAGCUUUCCCAUCCCUACAGAAACAAAGCAACACACAGAACAUCACUCAUGUUUUGUUAAACAAACUUGAUUCCGACCGUGAUGAUGCAGUGCGAGGGUUGGGAAUAAACAAUAUGCCUUCUAACUAUACUGCAAGAAUGAAUCUCACUCAGAUUUUGGAAACAUCACCCAUGUUUUCUGGUGCCAAUCAACAAAAUAUGAUGAAUUCCAGCACUUCAGCUUAUGAAUUCCAAACGCCAGCUUACCUCACAAAGAACAGCAGUACUGAUUCAAUUGGUUUUACUACUGGAGACAACCAAGCACAAUCGGAAAUUGGAGAGCAGCAACUUGAUUUCAACAGCACUGUUAAAGACCUGUUAGAUGGGGAAAGCCUCCAAACCAACCAGCAACUUGUGGUUCAAGUGGCUUCAGAUCUGAACAAUGCCUCUGAUUUCUCCAGCGACAUCCGGUUGUCUUCUGAUCUCUCAGGCAGCAUUAAUGAUCUGAACACUUUAGAUCCAAAUUUGUUGUUUGAUCCAGGACGGCAGCAUGUACAGGACGAUGAAGCUACACUGGAGGAGCUGAACAAUGAUCCUUUGUUCCAGCAGAUCUGUAAUGAAUCUAUUAACUCUAUGACCUCAGCUGGAUUUGAAUGGAUAGAAAGUAAAGACCAUCCUACAGUUGAAAUGUUGGGUUAAAUUUGUACUAUAAUGUAGCACACUGUAUCAAACAUUAGGCAGACGUUGUAUUUGUCUUAAUGGAAGUGCCUCCCGCAGCAGAAAUAUUUAUAAUUAUGAGGUUUUCAAAAAGUUUGCUGCACAGGUUCGCUAUAUUUCAUCUGUUCUUAACAUGAUAAUCAUUUAAUCUGCAGUGCAUUUGGGCAGUUUAUGAGCCAGUAUUAAGUCCAUUUUAUGCAUUUUAUGUUCUUUUGUUUGGUUUGUGGUAUUUUUUUUGUUUGUGUUUUUUGCUACACAAAUUGAAAAAGACAAAAAAUACUGUUUAAAAUAAACCUUAAACAUGCUACUGCUAACAUGCCCUGUUCACAUUUUGGUUGAAGGAAAUUAACAACUGCCCAUUAUAUAGAAAAUAUGGUGACUUAAUCACCUAAGAAAAUAUCAUAUCAUCUGCAGCAUAUGUAUUUUAAAGGAAAUAAAUAUUUAUUUCAUUGAGAACAGCUGUAAAUUAUGAAAAUGCACUAAAAUGUAAAUUUUUCAUUUUAUUAUUUUAACACAUGACCUCACAUUACCUUUUACACAUUUUAUUCCAUAUUGGAUAUAUCCACAUAAGCAAAAAAAAAGGAAAAAAAAAAAGAAAAGCAAUUCUUCUCCGGUGAAGGUAUAAAUAGUGUGGAGUGCAACUAUCUGGGACGUAUCCAGUCUAAUUUGAGAAGGUGCUUUCUCGGACCUACCCUUCUGAACUGGAACCGAUGUUAAGCUUGGAGAUUUCUAAUAUUUGUUCAUAUUAGAAACUGUGUCUGUGUCGCAUGUGUUCAAUUUCCCAGAAAAGUUAAUGGACUACAAAUAACAUUUCAUUUUUUACUCUGUUUUACUUAAGAUGCUUGCAUGCCGAGCAGUGGCUAACCUGCAUUUAUAAUUAGGGAGUAAAGAAGUUAUUCUUGAACACCAGAUACAACACAUAGGAACAUCUAUUUCCUAUCAAGGUUUUUUUUUUUUUUUUCGUUUUUGCAUUAGUCACUUUCUUAUCUCAACUAUCCAAGAUUAGAUUGCUGUAUAUUUGAACAGCUUUCUUCUAUGAGUUUUAUAACCAAACAUGCCAUUUGGAGGUAAGCUAUUUUUUCUUUUGUUUUUUUUUUCUUUUGCAUGUUAAGGAAUUUUAGCUCAGUGUACAAGCUUGGAUAUGCUCACAUUUCCAAAGCUAUUGUUUUAUCUUUGGCAGCACUUCAUGAAUAUACUUUUGCAGAGUAAAAUUGCAGAACUCCCAACGACUACAGUGUUGGCCCAAUUCAUUGUCUAAUGGAAAUUGUAGUUGUAUAGAAUAUUAAAUAUUGAUUGUGUUUUAUCUUUGCCAGCUUUCGUUGUUAAAAAAAAAGAAAAAGAGAAAAAAUAGUGAAAAAAAUGGAAAAUAGACAAUUAUCGUUGUAUAUCAUUUUACCAAAAGGUGCUACGGCCAACUCAGAGCUCUGUAAACCUGAUUGUGAUAGUGAGUUUACUUGGCUGUUCUAUAUGUGUUUGCUGGUAUUUUUUUUUUUUCCGUACCUGCUCUUAGUACUUUUCACUAUUGUACAUUGAGAUGGAGCACUAUUGCGUACCAAAGUAUUAAAAGACAAAAAAAAAAAUGGGAGAAAAAAACCCAAAGGUUAAUUUGAAUUAUUUUGGUCUAAGUAGCCAUUUUUAAGACAGUGUGUAAAUUGAAAAAUGUCAAGGGCAUUUGGACCAUAGCUAGUAAUUUACUGUUUAUUCUAUAGUAGUUAAAAAGAAUAUAUGCUUUCUGAUCUAUUUACCGCUUCACCAUUUUGCACUGUUUGCCAAAUGUGUAAGGUAGGCUCUUCUUGCGGUGAAAGUUCUAUUUGCUAUCCUUGAGAUUAAAAUUGACAGUGCGUUUUGUACAGUAUUGCAGCAAACACAUUUUGCUGGAAAGCAUUUUCUUGGAGCAGUGCCUGUACUUAUUGCCUGUAAACUACUUAAAAAGAGGUUUCAUGCAUCCUGUCCCAAUAGGAACAUUUCUAGGAAAGAAGGGGAUUAAUUACAAAGAAGUUCUCAGGUUCACUUCUUGCACUAAACUCUUUUUGAACCUGUGGCACGGCACCUCUUUUUGGAUACAUGCAACUAUAUUGCCCCAGAGUUAAACUAAAAAAAAAAAGAAAUUACGAAUUUCAUUAUAUAAAGAAAACCAUGCGGAAUGUCAUAAAAAUGACAGACAAUUGUCUUAUGUAGCAAUGUGCAUUAAUCUCAGUGAGAUAUUUAUAUUUCUUAUUCUCAUAAAUGAGAAUAUUACAGCAGGAAGAAAUUAAGUUUAUUUGCUUCACCGUGUUAAUACAUGAUCACAAAAUGUGCAUGUGUGUAUUACCUUGUACAGUCUCAGUAUAUUCCUGUAACCACUUUUGCUGUACUAAAUACUUGUUCUGUGUUUACCAGACAAGCAUUGUUAUUUAGUUUUAUGUUUUAUUUUAUUUUUAACUAACUCUGCUUAGUUGUUAAAUAUGUUUUUUUUUUGUGUUCUAAUUUUUAAAUUUUAGUGCUAUUUUAGUGUUUUAAACUGAAAUACUAAAUGACCUUUGGAUCCUGAUAUGGUAUCACAAGAUCAUUUUGCAAAAAGUUGCAAUACUCAGACCUAUGGACUAUGAAAGGGAGGUUAUCAUAUGCGUUGCAUCUGAGUCACUGUACAGACCCAACGUAAUGUGCUUAAUCUGCAGCAAAUGACAGAUACAAUUCCCUUUCAUCCUUUCAUAUACAAUUUAAAAAAAAAAGUGAAAAAAUGACCCCCUGUUUUGUUGUCUGUUGUACUGCUGAAACUACAGUAGUUUAAAAUUGCAGUAGAAUUUCAGUUAUGUUUUUUUUAUGGAAAGUGCUCAAAUUUUUUUUUAAUGUUUUCAAAAACAAUAAAAUAUUUUAU